UACUGAUUGGCUUUUUACCUUUGGCGCAUGUAUUUGAGCUUUUGGCAGAAAGUGUUUGCCUUAUGACUGGCGUACCAAUUGGUUAUUCCACACCAUUAACAUUAAUUGAUACAAGUAGUAAAAUUAUGCGUGGUAGUAAAGGAGAUGCCACCGUUUUGAAACCGACUUGCAUGACUUCAGUACCACUCAUUUUAGAUCGGAUAUCAAAAGGCAUUAACGAUAAAAUUAACUCUGGCUCAGCAUUCAAAAAGGCAUUGUUCAGAUUUCUGUAUCAGUACAAAUUAAAUUGGACUCAAAAAGGUUAUCUUACACCUUUAGUAGACAGGUUUGUUCCAAAAUAA